AUGUUUCGUCCCGGCACCGUACGCCUAGAGGAAACUAACAGUUCAGCUCCUGAGGGCAUCAUUCUCCAACCACGGCCUACAGGAGAUCCAAACGAUCCGCUGAACUGGCCCAUUUGGCGUAAAUAUCUCAACCUCGGCAUCGUUGGCUUCUAUUUCCUUUUGGUAUCCGAGUUUAUCAACUCUGCUACACCAACCUGGGGCCCAAUGCUGAGAGAACUCGGGUUUAGCGACCAGGUUUUGACCGCUAGCUAUACUAUCGGGGGCGCCUUUCUCGCUAUCGGUGCUGUCAUUCUCGUUUCUUUCGCCCUCAAAUUCGGUCUUCGACCGCUUUAUAUUUUUAGUUCUCUAGUCUAAUGCGGCGUGAGUAUCUGGUCCGUAAAACUCCAAAAUGUAGCCGAUCUUCUUUUGGUCAAUAUCCUCUGUACGAGAUUCGGAGCGCUCGCUGAGGUUAUAGUCCAGAUAACAAUUGCAGAUAUAUUCUUUGUCCAUCAGCGUAGAACAUUCAACAGCAUCUACAUCUGGCUGUGGUAAGUCGCAGUCUCCCGUGGCCCUUUCAUCGCCGGUUAUAUUACCGUGGGCCAAGGUUGAGAUGGGUUUGGUGGUGGAAUGCUGUGUUCUUCGGCGCAUUCUUUGUGUUGGCCUGCUUCUGUUACGAAGAUACGAAGUAUUGCCCUGAGCCUGGACUACCUACAAUCAGCCAGGGAACAGAGGAACGUCCGAAGUCUUCCGCAGACCCAUCGAUGGCUGGGCCAACCACUGUUUCGACAGAGGAGGGUUCGCCGCAAGACAUUUACGUUGUCAGAAUCAACCACGAUAUCCCAGUCAAGACUUAUCGACAACGGUUGACCACUACUACAACAUCUUUCGGUGGAGGUAUCAAGUCUUUCCUUAGACACAUGUAUCAGCCCCUGGUUCUUCUCACCACCAUCCCGGCCAUCGCUUACACUGUGUUCGCAUAUGGCAUCUUGAUUGCACUACAAGACGUCAUAUCGACCUCAUUUUCACUCUAUAUGACCCGACCUCCCUAUUGUUUCGCUCCAAAUCAGAUCGGCCUCAUGAACUUAUCCAAAUUGGUUGGGAGCACCAUCGGCUCUAUGAUGGUCGGCCCUAUAAGUGACGCCAUGAUCAUAUGGCUGGCCCGUCGAAACAAUGGUAUUUAUGAGCCGGAGUCUCGGCUGUGA